CAGUGUCGAGCGCGCGCGAGAAGGUGGAGAGUGCCGGUCGGAUACACUCUACACAGUAUUUUCAGAGAAAUAAAACGAGUCUCCGAUGUCAAGGCGCGUCCCGGAUAGUGGCCAGGAUUUCGAGUGGAACAGGCUUUCUAUCGGCCAGUGCGUCAUUGGACACCAGCGAGACCCAGCUGCCACAAAAGAUCGGUCAAGUUCUAGUUUGCAGAGUGUGUCGAUUAUUUUUGGAACUGGCCGUGUUGACUUGUAUAUAA